UUCCCCAUAAACGUGAAAAGUUAAAAUUAUUGCUUCGCCUAUUUAUUUAUACUUUUGAAUGAAUGAAUGUCAAAAUCAGUCUCUGUAAAUGUAAAAUCUUGUCUGACCACAAACUUUAUUGAUCUAAAAUCUAGAAAAACUGAAUUGGAUUUAGGGCAAUUUCGAAGAGAUCAACAAUGGCUACCAUUUCAACGGCUCGAAGCUCCGCUUAUCUCACAGCUCUUACACAAGAGAUUGAAAAGAAGCUUCAACGUGCAUUGACUUCGCCCUCACAGAGGCGUAACUUGCUGCAAGAGCUUUUCGCUGAUAUAGCUUUGGAAGUAGAUGACCGAGCAAAAGGUAUACAACUGGUCUGUUGACAUUAAUAUUACCAAUUACACCUGUAGAGCACCUUCAAUUUUAAAGCAACCUUUGGAAUAUAAGAUUGGGAUUCCUGUCCAUUAUAGAAUCCUGUAAAUACAUGGUCUUUUAUUCAUCUCUUUGCUUCUCUUGUGAACUGAAUGAUUGAUAUGAAGAUACAUCUACAUCUCAUUGAUGAGGUGAGAUCGUGGGGAAUCUUAGUAGCUCAGUUGGUUGGCUUCUUGGACUUUCACUUGUUGCUGAGAGAUAAUACUCGGCACCAAGGAUGCUAUUAUGGUUGCAGAGGAACGGGCUGAAGGACCGACAUGCUACUACUAUGUGCUUGCUGAUCAUUUUAUCCAUGUACCUCAGAAUGGAAAACCGAUCCUUGAUUUAAUAGUCCAACUGUGGAGCCAAUCUUUUGCUGCAAAUAUUUUUUCACUCCUUUUCCAUAAGUGGUUGUUUGAGGUUCAACUUGAGAAUUCUGAAGUCCUCCUCCGAUACUCAUCAGCUCUUGUUCAAGGAGCGACAAAUGUAUUCUGGAUUGACAUCCAAACAAACACAAGGCGUUUUCAGAGUCUUUUUAAGUAUCUGCUCGAGGAAGUUGCCCUUGUUCCUGACCGAUUAAAGAAGAUCCCUUUGCAGGCCCAAAGAGAUCUAUUUCUCUUCCUCUCAAGGUUCAUAUUUUUCUAUAACCUAGGUGACAAACUAGGAAGUUUCUUAAGGCAAUUCCCUGAUUUCCCGAAUGCUUUCUUGAUUGGUGGUGCAGCAGAUAUAUUUGUCACUGAACUAGCUGAUCAGCUUCAAAAACUAAAAGUGGAGCCAGUGUUGUUGCAUUAUCUCUCCCAAUUGAAGGUUCUUCAAGGAUUAGAGUUGAGAAUGGCUACUAGUACAAGAUUGAAAACUUGCUUGUAUAGCUUCACGUCACCAGGUGCUCCCAUGUACCCAACAAGAGCUGUCCGCCAUGCAGCAUGGGAUGCAUUAGAUUUGCUAUAUCCUGUCGGACGAUACCCUCGGCAUAUUAUAAGUCUCUUUUUCCGUUUGCUGUAUCCUUGGUAUUGGCCUUCUUCAUUUUGGAACUUUAUAAAGUCAUGCAUUCUGGCCGUGUUCUAUUCUCUCUUGAGGUUAAUAUUUUCUAGUUGGGAUAAAGUGAGGAGUAGACCAAAGGAGCAAUGAUGUCGCCGAAUGGUGUUCGACAUUUAAGAUUUGUGCGGAGUAAUGUUGUAUGUUGAGUCAAGAAGUUUGGACCUUGAUGUAUUAAAGGUUUUUCCUGCAUGUAAUUAAGAUAUUGGGAAUUAUUGUUUUCGGAAGCAUGGUGGUGUAGAACGGUAUACAUGUAGAAUUGUUGUCAUUUGUACUGUAGCGGACAUACUAGUUGUGUGCUUGUACUUUUCUUAGUUCAGGUUGUUGGUGAAGAAAAUGCCAGGAUCCUCUUUUAGUAUUCAUUCUGA